UCGUUAAAGUUGUGCUUUGUAUAGCAAGAAAAACACUUUUUCUCCGUCUUUUGCAGCUUCAUAUAUUUCAUAUAGGGUACGUUAGUCCAGUGACGAAGAAACGAGUUUUACAUAAUUAUACCAUGCGAACGCUUUUCUGACCCGUUUGCAAUUUUGCGAUUUGGUGGUGGUGAACUAAACAUUAUAAAACUGUUAUUCGUAGGCGAGAUCUGGUAAGUCUAUCGCAUUUCAACUGUAAUCGUUCACCGAUUAUAUUCCAAAUACCAUUCUUCAUUUCGAUGUAAUAAACGAGUCAUUCGAUAGUUAGUAUAUAGUAGAGCUGACAUUCAUUCAUAUCUACAAAUAUGUUCAUUUGGGACUGGUUUGCAGGUGUUUUGAAUUAUCUUGGUCUUUGGAAGAAGAGUGGUAAACUCUUGUUUCUUGGUUUAGAUAAUGCAGGCAAAACUACAUUACUUCACAUGCUAAAAGAUGAUCGAUUAGCUCAACAUGUGCCUACAUUGCAUCCAACAUCAGAAGAACUUUCUAUUGGAAACAUGAGGUUCACAACAUUCGAUCUUGGAGGACAUCCUCAAGCUCGAAGAGUCUGGAAAGACUAUUUUCCUGCAGUGGAUGCCAUAGUGUUCCUUGUUGAUGCAAGUGACACAUCACGGUUACCAGAAUCAAAAGCUGAAUUUGAUGCACUUUUAACAGAUGAACAACUUAGUGCAUGUCCAGUUUUAGUGCUAGGUAAUAAAAUCGAUAAACCAGGUGCAGCAUCAGAGGAUGAACUUAGAAAUUACUUCAACCUGUAUGGUCAAACAACAGGAAAGGGAAAAAUUUCUCGCAGUGAAAUAUCUGGUCGUCCACUGGAAUUAUUUAUGUGUUCAGUACUGAAAAGACAAGGGUAUGGCGAAGGCUUCCGCUGGCUUGCUCAGUACAUUGACUGAAUGCAUAAAAUGAUUUAAAUACUCAGAUUUGUGGCAGUUUACUACAUUUCCCUUUCCUCUGAUUCAUAUUGGAUGUUAUUACAGAAGUGUAUUAUCCUUUAUGUGAAUUGUGCAGUAGGAAAGGAAUAUCAAUAUAUAAACUGCAAUAAAACAGAUUCAGAACAGUGCAAAUAAGUUUUAAAAAAAACAUCCACAAAAUACAAUAUGACAAACGUGAUAGAACUAAUUUCUUUCAUUUUAAUACAUGGAGCCUACAAUCUAUAUAAAUUUUUUUAAUUCCAUACAAAUUCUGUGAAUUUUUGUCAUUUUGCAAAUUAUAUUAUGGAAGUACUUGACAUAAUAAAAAUGAUAUAAACAUUUUGAUAAAUAAAGUAAUAAACUAUUUAAGGAUUUUAAGUGUUUCUUAAAAUUACUUUUUAUAAUGUAAAUGUUCUAAUUACAUUGAAAAUAUCUGAAGCAAAUUUCUCAAAAUUAAAAAUUAUAAUGUUGUAAAUGUAUUUGGUUUGGUUUUUCUUUUUUACUUCAAAAGUAAAGAUAUGAAUAAAGCAGGAAGUGAUA